UCCUCCUCCUCAUUGUCGUCUCCCCAGUCCAAAUCUCCUGCCCCCAUGCCCACACGCAGUCCUGCCCGUUUGACACCCAUCCACAAGACCUCCACUCUGCCCCCCCUGCCUUUACCACCCAUGCUAGUGGGAGACUGCCAGGACAGUCCGAAGAAGUCCACUCCUCCUCAGAGGUCUUCCAGGAAGGAGAAAGAGGUGCGGAAUCGGCCGUCUCUGAUCGACCUCCCGCUGCCCCCAACGCUGGCCGGAGGAGACCCCUCCCCUCAGUCCCCCGUCUACAGAGCUCCACCUCCGCCCCAGUCCUCUCUCAAGAAGAGACCAAAGUUUUGCUGUCCACGCUAUGGCGAACGCAAACAGACACAGAGCGACUGGGGCAAACGCUGCGUGGACAAGUUUGACAUCAUCGGCAUUAUCGGGGAGGGCACCUACGGCCAGGUGUACAAGGCCAAGGACAAAGACACCGGUGAGCUGGUGGCUCUGAAGAAGGUGCGUCUAGACAAUGAGAAGGAGGGCUUCCCCAUCACGGCCAUCCGAGAGAUCAAGAUCCUCCGCCAGCUCAACCACCGCAGCGUGGUCAACAUGAAGGAGAUCGUCACAGACAAACAGGACGCACUGGACUUCAAGAAGGACAAAGGUGCCUUCUACCUGGUGUUUGAGUACAUGGAUCAUGACCUUAUGGGUCUGCUGGAGUCGGGGCUGUGUCAGUUCUCCCAGGAACACGUGAGGAGCUUCAUGAGACAGCUGAUGGAGGGGCUGGACUACUACAAGAAGAACUUCCUGCACAGAGAUAUCAAGUGCUCCAACAUACUGCUCAACAACAGGUACUAGUGUAGCAUGGUAAUG